AUGGGUCUAUUGAAUCUUUUAAGGAAACUGAAGAAAGACGACAGUGAAGCACGUAUUCUUGUUUUAGGACUGGAUAAUGGUGGCAAGACAACCAUAUUAAAGAAAUUGUCGGAAGAGGAUAUAAGUCAUAUCAUGCCUACACAAGGGUUUAAUGUCAAGAGUCUUCAGGUUGAUGGUUUCAAGCUAAAUAUGUGGGACAUUGGUGGUCAAAAGACGAUUCGUCCGUAUUGGCGUAAUUAUUACGAGCAAACGGAUGCUUUGAUCUACGUUAUUGACAGUGCAGAUCGUCGUCGUCUUGAAGAGACAGGGUUGGAGCUAGUUACUCUUUUGGAGGAAGAAAAGCUUUCGAAUGUACCGAUCCUUGUGUUUGCUAAUAAGCAAGACUUGCUUAAUGCGCUGCCAUCAGGGGAGAUUUCCACUGCACUUAAUCUUGCGACGAUUCGCGACCGUACGUGGCACAUUCAGGCUUGUUCGGCCAAGACGGGCGAGGGUUUGCAAGAAGGUAUGGAGUGGAUAGUCACGACAAUGACUUCUGGACGAGAGACUAAGUAG